AUGGCCAACUUCAUGUCCAACACCCCCGUCAGGAACACAUUUAUUGAGCCCGCCAGCACGCCUGUGGGCAGCCCCAGCAAGAGGUCCUUCCCACCUGGCGCCCAUGAGCUUCCUCAGGCCCACGAGAACCACCCAAAGCUGGGCGCCAACGUCUUUGAUACCCCCAUCAGGCUGGGCCGUCCGCAGUCCGUCGUCCAGGGCCUCUCGCCUGGCAAGGGAAACGGUUUCCAGCCGCCUGAUGCGGACGUCGCAAACGCCACGCUGCUGGUCGACGAUAGUGUAACACAUAAGCGCAGCCCCUCCCCGCCACUAAAACAUCAGGGCCAGGAAAACACUCCACCCGCCGCAUCCAAGACCGUUCCUACACUGUCGGCCCUACCAAGCCAUGCUGCGCUGUCCAGACAGGAUAUAUAUCAAAGCUCUCGAGGGGCCCCUCCAGCCAAGAAGUUCGACACUGCACGCGGCCUUACGGCCGAGGAGCGUGAGAUCCUGCAGAAGCCGAAUGUGAGACGCAUGGUCAAUGUGACCCAACUGUACUUCCUCGACUACUACUUCGACCUCCUCACCUACGUCGGCAACCGUCAGAAUCGGCUCAAUGCUUUUCAGGCCGAGUUUCCCGCCCCUCCCGAGACCGACGAGGCGUCGUACAAGCAGGUGUGGCACAAGUACACUGGCCGUGAGCGGGCUAACCUUCGCAAGCGGAGAGUGCGACUUCGCCAGGGCGACUUCCAGAUCCUCACACAGGUCGGACAGGGAGGCUACGGUCAGGUGUUCUUGGCCCAGAAGAAGGAUACGAAGGAGGUCUGCGCUCUGAAGGUCAUGAGCAAGGCAUUGCUGUUCAAAUUGGACGAGGUCCGCCACGUCCUAACUGAGCGAGACAUUCUGACCACUGCCAAAAGCCAGUGGCUCGUUCGCCUCCUGUACUCAUUCCAGGAUGACAAGAAUAUCUACCUUGCUAUGGAAUACGUACCUGGAGGUGACUUCCGUACGCUCUUGAACAACACCGGUGUCCUCUCGAACCGACAUGCUCGGUUCUACAUUGCAGAGAUGUUCUGCUCCGUAGAUGCCCUCCACCAGCUCGGCUACAUCCACCGUGAUCUGAAACCCGAGAACUUCCUCGUGGACUCGUCUGGUCACGUUAAGUUGACCGAUUUUGGCCUGGCCGCAGGUUUCCUGGCACCUGCAAAGAUCGAGUCGAUGCGAGUCCGCCUGGAGAAGGCCUCCGAGACCUCGGUGCCCUUUGGAAAGCCAAUGGACCAGCGGACCGUGGCAGAGCGUCGAGACGGGUACAGAUCGAUGAGAGACAAGGAUGCAAAUUAUGCCAAGUCCAUCGUCGGUUCGCCCGAUUACAUGGCGCCAGAGGUGCUCCGCGGUGAGGAAUACGACUACACAGUCGACUACUGGAGUCUCGGAUGUAUGCUGUUCGAGGCUCUGACUGGGUUCCCUCCGUUCGCCGGAGCCACCCCGGACGAGACGUGGCGCAAUCUGAAGCACUGGAAAGAGGUGCUGAAAAGGCCGGUAUGGGAAGACCCCAACUACUUCCUCUCUAACAGAACCUGGACCUUCAUCACGACCUGCAUCAACUCGCGCUCGAAGCGCUUCUCCAACACCAAGGACAUCUUUGCGCAUCAAUACUUUGCUGAGGUGGACUGGGAUGCACUGCGCGAGACUAAGGCGCCAUUCGUUCCUGAGCUGGACUCCGAGACGGACGCGGGCUAUUUCGACGACUUCACCAACGAGGCCGACAUGGCCAAGUAUAAGGAGGUCCACGAGAAGCAGACGGCACUGGAGAAGAUGGCCGAACGCGACGACGACAUGGGCAAGUCGCUGUUCGUCGGCUUCACCUUCCGUCACAGGAAGGCAGACGAGGAUACCGGCAGCCCGCGAAGGAAACCCAUCACCUCGGAUGGAUUGUUCGGCACGAUGCUGUAG